AUGCUGAUGGAAUAUCUCAAUAUUGUAAUUAAGGGAGUAUUCAAAGGAGUAUCGAACAUUUCUCAAGAAGCCAUAGAAGAACGGAUACUCCCUGAAGGAAAGAAAACCGUCAAACCUUCAAGCAGUAGACAGACUGGCUCAGUGAAAAGUCAACUAGAAAAGAUACGUGAUUCCACUCGUCAGCUGAGGGUCUCCAGAGACGAUCUUAUGCGUUUGGGUGUAGAUUGUGAAGCAACACUUGAUUCCGCCGAUCAGAUGAUGCAUCGAGCCAGUGAAUGGUUCCAAAUGAUGUUAGAUGACUUGGAAAAACGAAUUAAAGACGAAAAUAUACUAGUCAUGAAGCAUCAGAACUUCAUGCAACAGCAUAUUGACCCGAUUCUUCAAAAACUCAAAGAUCUCACCGUUCUCUAUGAAACGCUAAACUUUUUGGACAAGAAGACAUCCUUAAACGAUCAAACGAUGCGGACAUCUAAACGUAAUAUACAACUAGCCCGUGAAAGUAUAGCCAAAGUAGGUCAACUAUUGUCUAAGGAUUCGAAAAUGAAAGCAUCCUCCACAGUGAAAAGUGAAUUAGUACCGCUGGCAGCUGAGCUCUCUACAGCAUUCACUGUACUCGAAGAGGCACUUCUUGAAGUGAUGUCCUUUACACUCAGCUCUCCAGCUGCUACUCGUCUACUGGAGACGAUUCUCACUCAGAUGACUGGCAUUCAUAGAGUCGUCAUGAGAGAGGUGUGGUUUUUUUCUCGGACACAGCUAGCAUGUAGCCUUGAGGGGAGGGGCACAGCCAAAUGA